AAAAUUACAUAGUAUUGUACACACAGGUUUCAGUUUGAAAAUAAGCAACAUGUCGGCUUGGUGGGUCCUCCUGAUGUUAUCGGCCGUAUUUUCUCGAUCUGUCCUGGGGACCUGUCCACACGUGUCCAGCAUCCCCGUCCAGCCCAAUUUUGAUUUUGAUAAAUUUGCAGGUGAUGGAUUGAAGUGGAACAUGGUCCUCUAUAACAAGAUCGUCCCCGUGGAAGGAUUGAACACUGCUCUGAACGAAUCUAAUGCCUUCUCAAAGUUCAGCAGAGACAGAAGCAACGCACGAGUCGGUCGAACCGUGGGCAGAAUCCGUCUAGGGUCUCUAUCCUUCUGUACCAACCAAAAGUCCAGGAUCGAGAACGAGCCUGGAGAACCAGCCAAACUCCGCCAGACUUUUAAUAAUCCAUUCACGAAGUCAACUUUUAGCUUUAAUUUCUGGAUACUGUACACUGACUACGAGAAUUUGUCCGUAGUGUACGCCUGCCAGAAAGUGUUACCCGGGGGAACGUGUCACCCAGACCACAUUUAUUUCUGGACUUUCUCACGGGGAACCAGACACACAUCUGAGGAGCUGAAAAAGGUGACGGAUCUAGCGAUUUCCGUCUGCAAGACAACGCUCCGAAGAAUAAAUCACGAAACGCCGUGUUCACUAUAGUAAGAGGGACCGCAACAAAUUCAAUAGAAAUGCAUUUGCUGCAUGCGAACUUGAAAGUUUACCACUAUAUCGCGCUAUUUCUGUUUCACAGGGUACAUCGGAAGCUUCGUAAGAUUUUUCUACAUUCUUCGUUUUGUGAUGUACAUGUAUGGUUAAAAAAAAUAAAUUUAUAUACAAGGUCUUGAAUAACCUACCCCAUUCUGUUGUUUUUAGUGUUUAUUUAUUGUAAUCAGAUACAUAUGGAAGUAAAGAACCUUUGAUCAUUGUUAUAAAUGCUUUGUGGCAACAAUUAUAGUUUAACAUUACAAUAAAUAUAGACUAUCGUCAUUGAACAAGAAAAGACCUUUUAUUUUAGAUGUGUUUUUGUUUAUUACCGUCGGCUACAAGUGUCACGCAGAUCUCUGUUGUCCGAGCGCGCUGUCCUAUAUGUCAAUUUCCCUCCAAUGACUCUAUCUAUCAUUUACCCUCCGAUGCUUCAAACGUCAAAAUGACACACAUACUUAUAAUUUUCCUUUGAAAACUAUAUGUCGUCUGCAUGGUUCAGUCUCAGAAGAGUACCACCAUGAUCAGCUGGUCAGUUCGCUUGUUCGUUCUCGCUGUCUGUUUUACCAGGACUGUCUGCAGCCAAUCGAGUACCUGCCCACAAAUCUCCAGUAUUCCUUUUCAGUCCAGCUUUGAUUUUGAUAGAUUUGCAGGAGAAUUAAAAUGGAACGUCCUCCUUUACAACAAAAUUGUGCCAAUAGAGGGACUCGACAUGCCAGUCAACAAAUCAGACCUUUCUUUCUUGUUCUCCAGGAACUCUAACAACACACAGACAGUCACUAUUGCUGGCAGAGUACGUCUCGCACCGACCGUUGCGUUUUGUCUCGAACUAGAGGGAAUAGUUGACAGCCUUUCCGGAAACGCGGCUAAGCUUCAGCAAAACUACUUCAACCCCCUCACAAAGAAACUGUUCACCUUUAACUUCUGGGUUCUACACACGGACUACAAAAAUCUGGCUGUAGUGUACGCCUGUGAGAAAACAAUGGUGGACGGUACAUGCAAUCAUAGUGAUACUUAUCUGUGGACUUUGUCAAGAGGAACCAGUCACACCCCAGCAGAGAUGAAGACAAUCAAAGAUGUCGGGUCCUCUGUGUGCAUGGAUGUAACGCAUCUCAGGCAUGUUAGCCACAAAUCCCCAUGCGCAGCUGCAGAAAGACUACAUUCAUAACCUUGUACAGGUUUAAAAUUCGAUCCAUAGUAUUUUACAUUGGCGCUUAGUACCGCUUAUAUUCUGUUUUAAGUUAAAGUGGCGGUAUAGUCACUGCCGUUUGAAUUUCACUUUUAAUUUACACGAAAACAGGGAAAAUGAAAUAGCUGUAAAAAUCCAACAGUAUAUGGUAUAUGAAGUGGGACAAGGUGCUGACCCACUAGUGCGAAAUGACCGGUAAGCUUUAAUUACAUGCAGACUUGAUAAAAACGUGCAGUACAGUUUGUGAAUAAAAACUAUGUCUUCUUUCGGAUGAAUUAUUCAUGUUAAUUAAAAAAAAUAAAAUAUCGAAGUUAUUCAUUAUUAUGUUGAAGUGCAGAUUACAAUGGGAAGAAAAAUCAAUGGAAAUAAGGUCACCAAUUCAUUGUAAAUCAGAUUCGGAAGGGUGUGUUAUUCCAAAAACAUUAGGAAUGGGUGUCUAUGUAUAAAACCUAUGGAAUUUAUUAACAGAUUUUCUUAGUUUUUGAGAAACGUAAUUCAAAUAUAUAAAGACCUUUGACCAGUCGAACAGCAAAACCAUGUUAACAUAUACUGCAUUCAAAAUAUUUAAUUAACGAACUACAAUUUAUGUAUGAUGUGAACUAUGCUGUGUAUUUCUUUAUGUUUUUUAUUCCUCCUAUAACUCGGAAAGAAAGAUUUUUUUUUUCUAUUUUCCAAAGUUAGUAUUUCUAAUUUAGAAGAAUAUCAAGUUUAAGAUAAAUGGAUGUGUUUUUAGGGUGGUGUAGAUGGCCUGUAAUGUUGUCAUUCACCGUGAGCUGGUUUAUGUCUGUUAAUGUAUUCUUUUAAUGGAUUUGAACGAAACUUUGUACCUGAAAUAUUCAAAAUGCCGUGGAUUUCUUCAAAAUAAAUAAUUAAACACGA